CACAUCUGAAGGGUGUGCCUCUUGCUGUGGGAACAAAAGCAAAACGGGUUUGUCUGCCAGCGUAUCCCUCCUAUAAGGGUCAGACUCACCCGCGGAGCCUGCGUUUGUCCAGAGCGGCGCAGGAGGCAGACGGAGCAGUUCUGCAGAUGGCGGCCACCACAGCUCAGCCCAUGUCCAGCCUGCCCAGCGGACUCGGCAUCUGCACCACCGCGCCGGACAUCCUGUACCUGCCCGAGCUGGUGUUUGGGGGUCUGGUAUGGAUCCUCGUGGCCUCCACUCGUGUCGUACCCGCGAAUCCUCUGGGCUGGGUCAUGUUCGUGUCGCUUUUCUGUUUCGUGAUGACGUUCCUCUGGCUGGUCGUGUUCGCCUGCGGGGGCCACAAGAACAGCUACGGAUGGGCGGCGGCUGACUGCGCCUAUCACUUCCUCGCAGUGACCUUCUACCUCAGCGCAGGAGUCGCUCUGGCCUACAUCACGUUUCUCAGUAAAGUUGCACUAACGUAUAGAAUCUACCAGAUCAACAUUUCGGCGGUGGUUUUUGCGUUCGCGAGCACUCUCCUGUACUUCAUCCACGCCAUUCUGUCUGCAAUUCGGUGGAAGAACUUCUGACGUCGCUACUGCCUAAACUAGAAUGAAUGCAGCACUUGUACAUGUGUGAAUGUCCUCACUUGGAAAUAGUUAAUAGAUCCAUUUUUCCAUGUCGCUCUAACACAAUAUUUCACUAUAAUCAAUGUAUUUGGAAGCUGAUUGUUCUAAAUCCAGAUCGGUACAAAGUGAAAAUGAACACAUUACCCUGUAGACAAGUAAAACAUAUAGAUUUACCCCAUUCCAUUCCAUUUGUAUAGCCAUUUUCCAUUAAUGAUAGUAUUAAUAGAUAAACGUCUUCUCAGAAUUUUGUAUUCCAUCAAUAAAAGACUGUUUAUUUUAA